GUUAUGAUCAUUGGAAGGGACAGGUAUUAAAUUCAAAUGAACUUCAUGAACUGUAUGAAGGACUGAAACUGAACAAUGUCAAUCAUUACGACUAUGUACUUACUGGCUAUACCCGGGACAAAUCAUUCCUUGCAAUGGUGGUUGAUAUUGUUCAAGAGCUAAAGCAACAAAACUCCAAUCUGGUAUAUGUACCUGUAGCAGAUAUAAUAACACCAAAUCAGUUUGAAGCUGAGUUACUUACUGGCAGGAAGAUACACAGUGAAAAAGAAGCGAUAGAGGUAAUGGAUAUGCUCCACAAUAUGGGACCAGAAAUGGUUGUAAUCACCAGCUCAGACCUUCCAGCACCUUCAGGAAAUGAUUAUCUGAUUGCAUUAGGAAGCCAAAGGAGAA